GCGGAAACGCUGAACAAACAUGGCCGCGGCGAGCUGCUCGAGUGAAGUGCGACUGGCGACGUUUCUCCUCCUGCUCCUCGGCUGCUUGUCCUCGGGGAGCGGCUCCGCUCAGGUGCCGCUGCUGCUGUGGUCCAGCGACAGUCUUCCACCACUGGCCUCGCCUGCAGCCGGUCACAUCACAUCCAACGACCAGCUGACCGUCUACCUCGCGGCUGCGUUGGGCUCUGGCCCUCACACCGUGCUGCUCUUCCUUCAGGACAAGUUGAGUAAAGAUGACUUCACGAUCUUCGGUGGCGUGUUUGGAAACAAGCAGGAUAGUGUCUUUCACAACUUGGAGGCGGCUCUUCAGUCGUCGGCCUCGUCGAUCACGGUUCCGGCCUUAGAGUGGACGGGCUCCUCUUCCUUCCCGGCUCUGUUCCAGGAAACACUCGGCGUGUCUCCGGUGCUCGUGGAUCCAGAGACUCUGUCGCAUCUCACCAUCAACACGUCGGUCAACAACCUCCUGCUUAUCAAUCUUCCUUAUUGUACCGGAUCCCACAAGUCCUGCAAGGAAGUGCUGCACGACAAUGAUGAGGUCAUCGGAAAUGUUCUUAGUGCCGUGAAAGCCAAAGAUGUUCCGUACACGGCGAUCUACACGGGACUGCAGCCGUCACGAGUCAUUUCAGAGGCGUCUGUGUCGGACCAGUCCGUGGGCCGCUCCUUGCUCGCAACAGCUGAGGCUGAUGUCAAAGCGCCCAUCAUGUUCAAUGUGUCUGGAAACCCCUGCAUCAUGCUGUGGGCCCAGAACCUGAGCGUGAGCCUCUCGAGCAGCGGAGACUGGAUCGACCUCGCUGCACAGACGCCCUCCCUGGACAGAUCCAUGUGUAACACCACUCACUCACUGCUUGUCCUGAGUUAUCCAAGAGGCUUUGAGCUAAGAUUUGCCAUGAGUCAGCGGUUCUAUCCCGUGUCCGGACGGAACUGGUUCACCCUGGACUCGGUGCAGCUGCAAGCCAACGCCUCGACCGCGUCUUUCACCGGGGGCCGCGGCAUCUACGCCCCGGCAGAGUAUUCCUUCCACUGCCAGUCCGUCAGCAACUCCAAGGGCGCUCUGCUCGUCCUGAACAGCACCGACAAGGACACGUCCGAGUGGAGGCUCAACUUUAUUGACUUCCAGAUUCAGGGCUUCAGAUUGGCCAACGGGACGAACUUCUCCUACGCCAGCGACUGUGCCGGCUUCUUCACGGCGGGGAUUUGGAUGGGGCUGCUGACCUCGCUGCUCAUGCUGCUCAUCUUCGUGUACGGCCUGCACAUGAUCAUGCAGCUGACCACCAUGGAUCGAUUCGACGACCCCAAAGGUCCAUCGAUCUCAGUGCCUCAGUCGGACUGAAGACCUCCUCUUCACACACUCCUCAGCCUUCAGUGCCUCCUGACCUUUGAGAGUCAAUCUGUGUGAUUUAGCUUUUGUACGUGUGGAGCCUUUUACUUUGAAGGUGCUUGUCAGGCAGAUCUCCUCCUCCUGACCUCCUCUCCUUUAGAUUUCCUUCCUCCGAUGUGUUUGUGCCUAUUCCACUUUAUUUCCCUACGAUGUACAAGUGCCAAACAGAUUCACCCGUUUCGCCUCAUGAGCUAAUUUAGAGUGCGAGUGCUAAAUGUUGUUUUCGUGCCAUAGAUAUGAAUAUUCUCCCUAAUGAUUAAAACAAUUUGCACUCUUAACCAGCGAGUGCCAACAGGAAUGUCUUCUCCUGGAAGCUGUAGGAACUUUCCACACCUCAAUUCUUACUUGUGUCUUUAUUCUUUCUGACUCCAGAGUAAUUCAAAGACUCCUGGUAAGGAAAGAAGUGCCUGUGUGUGUGUGUGUGUGUAUAUAAUGUGUUUGUGAAAUGUGUGAAAUUCCUGAAUGUGGCUGUUUGGAAACGGCCCCUGGUGAAAGUGCAGAAAGUUCCUUCUCUUGGGUUUAGUUCUGUUUUCACUCGUGGUUGAAUCACAGACCUGCACCACAGCAAUCCCACGUUUUAUCGACAGCUGAAUUAUUUAUAUUGAAAAUACUUAAUGUGCCUUCGCUGCCCUUUAAGUUGACUCUUUGCUUCAGGGCCAUUGAUUAAUUUAACAACGGUGCCUGAGUUCUGCUUUUUGUCAAAUGCAUAAACUACUGUCCAAAUGUCUUCACCUGCAAAUAAAGAGAAUCUAUCAAUUGUAAACCAAUCGUUAAGUUUCAUGUCGGGCUAGUUUGAUUAUUUUAAAUAUUCUUCAAAGUUAAUUUGGAAGAAAAUUACAAUAAAACUUCUCAAACAUA